AUGACCAAAACAUCGUCCUCUACUCACGACAUCUCAUGGCCCGAAUUCACGACCAAUUGCGUUCAUUUUGCUUCCGUGGCUCUUCUCUUCUAUGAUCAUGCCCUCACGCUUGGUUCGGAAGUCUCAUUUAUAUGGCAGAGCUCUGCCAGGGUGGGGAAGACACUCUUUCUGCUGAAUCGGUAUUUCGCGCUCGCGUCGAACAUGUUCUCGUACAUCUUCAUACUCCAGCUGGGUGUUUCUCUACCAGAGGCAAGGUGCGUAGGUCAUUCGCAGCAGCGACUGAGUACCAACACUCUCGACUUCAUCUCCUACAGCUGCACGCACUUCGUCAAAUGGCGGGAGAUCUCUGUGGCUAUCAGUGGACUCUUCGUGACAUCGCUGAUGGUCCUCCGUAUAUACGCCCUCUACAACCGCAGUCGUGCCGCAUUGGCAAGUCUCUGCAGCGCUGGCAUCAUCCUGAUCCUUGUGGCUGGAUGGUCUACGGUCUCAGCACAUACGGAGAAUAGAGUAGAGGCUGCGGAGCCCUGCCUUGUCAAGAUUAUGGGGGGCAGAGAUAUGAGUCUAGGAACAGCGUGGGAAGCGCUCCUCGCCUUCGAUGUAUUCAUUUUUGCGAUGGUCGUUAUGAAAGUACUCAAGGAAUAUCAUGAAGAAGGUAUAAAGGGCAUAGCCGGAGCCACCUUAAUGCAAUGCAUUAUUCGUGACGGCGCCGUCUACUUUGUACUCAUGACCUCUGCCAAUCUCGCAAAUAUCAUUACUUACCACUCCAACAAUCAAUCCUGGGUUGGAUUUCUGGCCAGCCCCGCCUCGAAGUACGCUUUACUCCUUUAUUUCACACACACACCUCCUGAGUAA